UCCUCCAUCUUUGGUCCCUAUAUAUAUACCUUCUCAUUCUCCCCCAGCACACCUCAACCUUCCUCAUUCAAGAGCUCGAAAACCCUCAAAUCUUAUCAAAUAUGGCUUUUCGAAAAUUAUUUUCGAAGGGUACCAUCACCAGCGGUUGUCGAGUUCCAUCACCUGCAGCAACUCUAGACCACUCAUCAUCACCCAUUAAAACCCUUACAACGCCACAAAAUAAUGCCUCAUCAAAAAUCAACCUACACAAAGAGCUUCUAACAGGAGAUUCAGUCGAUAAAGGAUUUUUCCGGAGAUUCCUUCACCGUAGAGCUGUUAACCAGUUACCAGAGUUCAUCUCCAUUCCGAUUGGAGAGAAGUUAAGAGAAAAGCUCAAAGGGUUCAACAUUUCCAGUGACCGGCUCCACCUUGAUGGUCUGACCCCACCGGAACUGGUCGCCGGAGAGGCGAAUACUUUCGGAAUUUCUGUUGAGAAUGCGAAGAAGAUCCUGAGGGUUUCUCUGAUGGAGAAGUUGAAGGCGAGACUUAGAGAGAUCCCAAAAGUAUCGAUUAUGUAUUCGGAGUUUGUUAAAGUCUGUGUUGAUGAGUGUGGAAAUGAAGAUCUAGGUGUUGAGUUUGCAAGGUGGAUUGACCAGUCUGGAAACGUCAUCGUUUUAGGGAACAUUGUGUAUCUCAGGCCUGAGCAGGUGGCGAAAUCAAUGGAGCACAUGAUAUCACAGACUAUGGCAAGUCCGAAUGAUCCAAGAAGAAAACAGCUUGAGCAUAUGGAGAAACUAAAGGCAAUAAUUGAUAAAAAGGCUAGAACCCAGGUACGAGGGGAGCUUUAUUGUGGGCUGGGCUUUAUAAUGAUCCAGACACUUGGGUUCAUGAGGCUCACCUUCUGGGAACUUAACUGGGAUGUCAUGGAGCCGAUAUGCUUCUUCGUGACCUCCCUUCACUUUGCAAUAGCCUAUGGUUUCUUCCUUAGAACAUCCACCGAGCCUUCUUUUGAAGGGUACUUCCAGCGCCGAUUCAAGACCAAACAAAAGAAACUCAUGGUACUUCAUGACUUUGAUGUCCAAAAAUAUAACCAACUUCGCAGAGUUUUUUAUCCUAACCUCGGUUAUGGUUUACCACAAUCCGAAUAUUACAAACCAGGGCACCCCGAAGACGGGGCCUUGAUUUCUUAGCCAAUCCAUGCAUAGGAAUGAGUUCGAGCAUGUUCCUGCUAAUAACGUAGGGCGUAAAGAAUGAAUAGAGAACUUUUUGUUACAAUGCCAGAAACUUUUUCUCAAGCAUCGAAUGAUCCGACCUUGUUAGAGUUUACUAAUUGAAGGCUUCGACAAGAUGGUGAAAAUUUGAAGAUCCAUCAUAGCAUAGCAGCUGGAGUCAAGCUAGCAAAAAGGAACCGGAGUUUGCUGUUCUUAUUUUCCGUUCUCUUUUUUUCCUUGUGAGCUGUAAAUUAUGAAAUACAAUGCCUCAGUAGAGCGAUCCAAAUCUUCUUUA